AUGAGCGAAGGCGCGAGCCGAGGUUGCAGUUUGCACGAGAACGUCACAAGAAGCCUUCUGUGUGCGGGGUUGCCAUCAACGAAACGAGAACGGAAAGAGCUGGACCGAGCGUCGAGAAUUGCCUUUGAGGGUUCCAGACAAACUGCAACCAAGCCGCUGCGCUGUAAUUCGAGUGUUGGAUUUCGCAGCUCACCAGGACAGAGAGAGAGGUGGAGAAAGCAAUUCGUCACUGUUUCCUCAGGACAGCGCACAGCCGAGGAGGGCAAGCAAGUUGCUUUUGUCUUUCCAAGUUGGUCGGUGCUGGAUUCGCAUUUGCGCUCGGACGCGAUCUUAUCUUGCUUCUCAACCCUCAUCCUCUCCUCUCUCGUUUGGGACUACCCGCGCAUCAGUACAAACAUCAAGGCGGAUAGGCGGCGAAACAACACAUCUAUGGCGAUCGCUGUUGACUUUGCAAUGGUUGAUGACAUUGGCAAAGUGAUUGACGUCAAACAGACCCGUGCUGACCAUCGUAACGCUUCUCUUCUACAACAAACGCGCCGCCUUCCAUCUCUCACGCCAACAUCUUCCUCGGUCUUUGCGCUCGCAGUCAACACAUUCAAUAUGGCUGACCAGCUCACCGAAGAUCAGAUCGCCGAGUUCAAGGAGGCUUUCUCCCUGUUCGACAAGGACGGCGAUGGCACCAUCACCACCAAGGAGCUCGGCACCGUCAUGCGAUCGCUCGGCCAGAACCCCACCGAGGCAGAGCUCCAGGACAUGGUCAACGAGGUCGACGCAGAUGGCAACGGCACCAUCGACUUUCCCGAAUUCCUCACCAUGAUGGCACGCAAGAUGAAGGAUACCGACUCGGAAGAAGAGAUCAAGGAGGCCUUCAAGGUGUUCGACAAGGACGGAAACGGUUUCAUCAGUGCUGCUGAGCUUCGACACGUGUACGUACAAUAUCCUCGGACCGUUCGCCCCUGCCGCACAAGCGGACACGAGGCCGAAUGCCAUCGCAUACUCGCUCACACCCGCUUCAGCUCUGGCAUGACAAACCUGGGCGAGAAGCUCUCAGACAACGAGGUGGACGAGAUGAUUCGCGAGGCCGACGUCGACGGCGAUGGCCAGAUCAACUACGACGAGUUUGUCAAGAUGAUGCUCAGCAAGUGA